AUCUGGUAAAUCUGUCCAAUGAUGGAAACCCGAGCCAACAACGGUGGUCGGCACAGUAAGACAAACCGACGACGAAGAUCUCGUUCGGUUCGAGCGAACCUCCGCUUUCCGGUUGGCCGUAUCCAUCGGCUGCUGAAGACCGGAAACUACGCCAAUCGGAUUGGAGCCGGUGCGUCCGUGUAUCUGACGGCUGCCAUGGAGUACAUUGCCACGGAGAUUCUGGAACUGGCGGGGAACGUCGCUCGUGAUUCACGAAAAGUUCGCAUCAUCCCUCGGCAUCUGAUGUUGGCCAUCGAACUGGAUGCCGAGUUGCGUCAGCUGCUUGGAAAUGGGACUAUUCCGCAGGCCGGAAUUUUGCCUAAGUUGUACCUGCUGCCAGCCGGUAUGUCUCCCUGGCCGGGGAAAACAAAGUGCUCGAGUUCUACGUAAAAAAAUCGAACCGAUGGAGAAGCUAGAAUGAAAGUGUAACAGAAAAGGUGGAAAUGAAUUUGACGUAGUCUUAAGUGUUACAGUUCGGCUUUGUAUGUAUGUUUGUCGUUGUUAUUCAGUAUUAUUUAAUAAAAUGAAGAUAAGAACGAAGAUUUAUCCGCGUUCUGUGUGAAGCUAC